AUGAUGACCUGGGCACCAUGCCCACACGGCGUCCGUACUCGUGAAAAAAAACAGGAGUGUCAAACAAAGCUUGUUUUCUGAGUGUUUGCAUCCGGGUUCGUGGGUUCCAUCUUGUUUUUGUUUACUCUUUCUCUCUCUCUCUCUCUUUUCCUCUGACAAGAAACACUCUGCUGUUGUUAUGUUGAUGAAACUUGAUGGGCGUUGUUUCCGUCGUGCCACCAUCUUUUCGGUUGGAACACUUUGAGAUGGGUUAAGCCACACCUGUGCCCCACCAUGCCGGAAAUGUGAAAAUAUCCACCAGCGAUUUGUUCCACGUUCUUUUUGCCACCCAGGCAGGCGCUGCGUUAUGCGAACAAAAGAUCCAAGCGGGUGAUGACAAACUUGGUUGAGAUCGCAGCGGCCAUGUGCAGUCAUUUAGGACAUGGGGAGAGCUUGGAAGAGCACAAGGAGCUUUGCAAAACUGCGUUUGAAGAGAGAAUUGCUUUGUUCAAAAAGAAGCUGGAAAGCCGAUUGGAAGAAUUUGCGAACAAGGUUGCGCACAUCUUCGAUGAUGGAUUGCUUGCAGCCAUCAAGGAAGGGUCGCGUGUGGCCGGGCUUGGUGCGAAUAGCACAGCAGCGGCGUGGCAUGGCUUCCACCCGAAUUCGUAUUGUGCUGCGGCGCGGAAGGGGGGCAUCAACCCCAAUUCCACACGGGGGCCAAUUCAUUGGCCAAAAGAGCUGAGCAAACCCUGCUAUGGCAGCUUUCAGCCAAAAUGGAUGGAACUCUUUGGCAACCACCUGCCGGCUCUACGACGAAUGGCAAGAGAUCAUCCAGGAGGAAACCGCGCGCUUCCACGACCAGAUGGCACAGAAAUUGCCGCAGAUCCACUGCCUUGAGGCAAUCCGUGCCGGGGCUAACAUUUCAGGUUACCUCCAGAAGAUGAGGGAGAUCAAUGACCGCCAUGAAGCGCUGCUCAAGCGGGACUUGUGUGAAGAAGUUACCCACAACGUCGUUGAGAGUAUGAAGAAGCCGUUCGAAGAGUCCAAACAGAUUAAGGGCAAAGGCUCCUUCGCAAAGAUGAAAGAGCACAUUGACCGCUCCGUGCAGACCAUCAAGUGGGAACAUGUCACCGAGGGCUUGAUAAGCGGUUGCCACCAAUUUUUCCUGAACUUUGAGGGAAUGAAAGACGAAAUCCUGCUACGUGUGCCACAGCUGCUACUUGAAGGCUAUGAGCCGCUGUGGCGCGACUUGGACCAGGAGGCGCUGGACACCUGGAAUUCCUUGAAGGCUGCUGUGUUGCCUGUGACAAGAGAAGUCAAAAGCAAGGCCGAACUGCUGAAGCAAAAGGUGGAGCAGCGGGAGCUUUGCUGCGCCGAAGUUGGCCAAGAUGAGGCGCUCUCUGAGGCACAUGAUGAAGUGCUCACUGAUGCACAGGAUGCCGAUGACACCCAGUCAGCAGAAAGUAAGGAAGGAAGCGAAUCUGAGUCAGCAGAGGAAGACAUGGACGUCAGUGAGGCUGAGAAUCUUGAUGACCCAGUUGUUGACAACGAUGUGCUUGAAAGCAAGGAAGUGAUGCCAGAAGAGGAGGAAGCGAGUUCGCAAUCAGACAAUGAAGAAGCUGAGGAAUCAAAGGGCUUAAAAAGAAAGCGGGAGGAUCAAGCUGAUGAAUGCGGCCGCCUCGCUGAGUUUGCAACACCAUCGCCGUGCUUUCCUGCAUCAACGCAGUGACAGUGGGGGUGAGUUGGUUGCAACGCCUACACAGCUAGAUUGGGGAAGGCAAUCGCCUAAAUUGACCGACUGUGAGUGUACAGCUCGAGGGGAUGGCUGUGGGGAGGUAGCCGCGGGGAAAAGCAAUUGCUGUGCCGUUGUUAUGUUGAUUUUUCUGAAACUUGCGGCAGCGCCGUCCAUUUCUGUUCGGAAUGUAAUGCUUGUUUUGGUCUUGGCAGAAAUGAAUCAGGCAAUGCUGGCGCUUUUUGUUUGACGCAAUGCAGCAGUUUUUAUGUGAAGAGCGAUUAACAUUGAGCUGAAAUAUGCUGAGAUCAUGGUCUAAGGCUAACAAGUCUUCGGGGAGCUGACUGAGUUCGCAGGGGUUGACGCUGCUGGGUCAGUUUGACUAAUCAUUGGCCAUCAGUCAGAUCUGGAGUUGCUUCUGUCAUGGU